AUGCAGCUCUCCAUGCACCGUCUGCUUACUUUUGGCCUGUUGGUCACUGCCGCACAGGCAUACGCCAGCAGAUCAGAAAUGCCGCGUACAGUCGUUACAACAGACAUGGAGCAAGACGACCUGGCCUCACUAAUCCGGUAUCUGCUUUAUACAAAUGAGCUCGACACCCAGGGCAUUAUCUAUACUUCGAGUCGCUAUCACUGGUCGGGCAACGGCCACGGCGCAAAGUUCUACCUAUCCGAUCGCGAGUACAGCUCCCCACAGUGGACAUGGCGCUGGACGGGCACGCGAACAAUCCAGGACAAAGUUAUUCAGGCUUGGGCAGAGAUUUGGCCUAAUUUGAACAACCAUGAUCCGUUCUACCCAAGCCCAGUCGAGUUGUUAUCCCUUGUCAAGGUUGGCAACAUCGAUUUUGAUGGCGAAAUGGAUCAUGAUACCGAAGGCUCUAACAUCAUCCGGUCGCUUCUGCUGGACAAUGACACUCGGCCGCUUUACUUGCAGGCAUGGGGUGGCACCAAUACGAUUGCUAGGGCUCUGAAGUCAAUUGAGGAGCAACACGCGGGCUCAGGGCAGUGGGCGCAGACCCAGUCCACCGUCUCUCAAAAAGCCGUCAUUCUAGCUAGUGGCUUUCAGGACGAAGCAUAUGCGAACUACAUUUCUGCCAAAUGGCCACAGAUCAGGGUCGAGCAGCUGGAAAACGGAUACGCGACCUGGGGCUACAACUGCAACAAUGGCCAAGGGAAUACCCGCGGCGAUCCCACUGACAACAUGUACUUCACAGGAGACUGGAUCAAAGCAAACAUUGAAAUAGGACCCUACGGCAAGCUAUAUCGGUCCUGGCUCGACAAUCAAACCAUGCCCGGCGAUUCGAUGGAUAUUUUCGGCAAUAUCACUAAAGCCGUGACUACGACCUUCUGCCAACCACUCGAACCCUACGCAUUUUUAUCCGAAGGCGACAAUGUGGCUUUUAACCCACUACUGAAUACCGGUAUCCAGGACCCAGCUAAUCCCGGCCUGGGCGGCUGGGGCGGCCGGUCUACACAGAAUACCAGUUCCCCGAACCUAUGGACAAUGGUAGAGCGUGAGCGCAAUCAAAACAAUGCGGAAAUCACCAGCUACACUACAAGUCGAUGGGCCGGGGCAAUUCAAAAUGAUUUUGCGGCUCGUAUGCAGUGGACGCUCACACCGGACUACACUGAAGCCAACCAUGCACCUUCGGUGAAGAUUGUGAACGGAACGUUAGUCAAGGCGCGUGCUGGGUCAACAGUGGUCCUGACCAGUGCCGUUAGCGACCCGGAUAACGACAAGGUUGCCACAUCGUGGUGGCAGUUUUAUGAAGAGGGGACAUACCCGGGUAGAGUGACAGUGACCGAGGGUGACAAUGGCCGGGCGAUAGUAAAGGUUCCCGCUGAUGCGAAGUCGAGCCAGAAGAUCUCGAUUAUUUUACAAGGGACUGAUAAUGGUCAUUUCCCGUUGACCCGCUAUGGCCGGAUCUUUAUUGAGGUUGUAUAA